AUGGCAAACUUAUUUGAUGAAGAGUAAGGAUAAUAUUUAAGAUUGAAUGCCCUUAAAUAUUUAGAGAAACCUCCAGAAGUCUAAAGAGAAGAUGAUCCAUUUAUUACUAAUGGCUCUUUAGCUAUUACAUAUAUAUUAGUGGAAACUGUAGAGUAAUAUAAGACAGGUUAAGGUUUGAAGUUCUAGCCUAGUUAUGUUCAUUAAGUAUUUAGAUAGUCGAAUGAAAUUUAUGGUUAUAAAGAUCUUAAGAUUACUAUUCAUGUCACAGCACUUGGAUUAAAACCUUAUAUUCAAGUAAUUCACUUCAAAAUAUUAAUAAUAGAUAUCUUAUAGUGAAUAAACUGAAGAUGCAGAUGACUUAAAGGAAAGUUUUAAUAAAGUUUAUGAAGCUGGAUAUCUAACAAACGAAGAUCAAUUUAUUAAGGCACUUGAAGAAGAAUACAAUUAAGAACCAUUAGGAGAUUUAAUUGAAGAAUAUGGAGAUUUCAAAAUAUAUAAAUGUUAAACUGCAAUAACUAAUGGCUUUAUUCAAUUUAAACCAUUUUUAUAAGCAUUUCUUUUAGUCUUAAUUGAUGGAGUUUAAUAUCCAGGUGAUGAAAAUGAAUGGGUUUAUUUAAUAUUAUAUGAAAAAAGACAAUUUAUAGGAUUGACUACUGUCUAUAAAUUUAAUAUUGGUUGGGAUAAACAAAGACAUCGUUUAAGUCAAAUGUUAUUCCUACCUUAAUAUUAAAGAAAAGGACAUGGAAGUAGAAUGCUUAAAACUGUUUAUAAAUUAGGAUUAGAAGAUGAAAAAUGUUUAUAAAUCACCCUUGAAGAUCCAUCUGAAGAUUUUUAAGUUAUGAGAGACAUUACUGAUUCCAAAAUUUUACAUGAACAUUUCAAAGAUAUUAUUCCUAAUCAUGUUAUAAAUUUAGAUUAUAAUAGAUUAUUAAUUCUGUUUAAGAUAUUGUUGAUAUCCCCAAAGAUAAAUUAUUCGAAAUUAUGAAGAAAACUAAAUUGCAUGCCUAUUAAAUAAAAAGAGCAUAUUCUAUUUAUCUAUAUGCCUUUAUUAAUAAGUAUAUUAUUAUUAUUAAUAAUAUCUAAGAAAAUCAUCAAAAUUAAUGACAGACUUUGCUAAGUAUUUAUUAAGAGAACAUUAAAAACCUUAUGUCAGAAAAAAGAAUAUUUUAGUAAAAUUUGAAGAUGGAAGUUCAUUGGAUCCAAAAUAAUUACAUCUUCUUGAACUCAAAGAAAGAGAAGAUAGAAAUAUUAAUGCUGAAGAAAGCUUAGGUGAAGAAUUUUGUUUAUUUGAACUUAUUGCUACCAAAUUAAGAAAAGAUAAAGUAAUUUGA